AUGAAUCUGGGUCUGAAUCGGAAUCUGAAUCUGAAUGUGAAUGUUUUGAAGAAGAAGAAGGAAAUUUUAAGAAAGGAAAAGAUGGUGGUAUCAAAGGUGGAUAUGCAAGAGGUUAUGGUAAAGAUGGAAAUGCGAGCAAUCGCAAAAGCAAAGGUGGGAAGUUUUGAUGUAGUAUCACAAGGAAGUAAUAAACAACAAGACAAAAUGAUGAUUGCAAAAUUAAAUAAAGAUUAUGUUGCAAAAGAAAAUGAAAUUUUUGGAAUGGAUGAUGAAAUUAAAAUGUUGGAAAAACGUGCAGGGAAAUUGUGGAAUUGGAAAAGUGAAUCUAAAGAGAAAGGAUAUUCUGGUUUUAAAGAAGAGGAUUAUAUUGAGAAUGAUAAGGUUUCUAAAAAACAAGCGAUAAAGGACAAGUUGAUUGGUAAAUUUAAAAAUCAGGGGGAUAACGAGUUUGGUUUGUCUGCUGAUGAUGACCCCGAUGAUGAAAGGGAUAUGGUGGAUGAAUUGUUGCUAAGGGUGUUUAAUCUGUUAAAGGGUUCAGGGUUCAUUAACGAUAUUAUUAGGAUGUCUUUGACUGAUCCACGAGUUCGACUGGGAAUGAUUGAUAUGACUAUUAGAUUAUUGAAUGCCGAAGUGAUUCCAUGGGAUGAUAUUUUUAUUGCUUUGAAACGACAUGGAUUGGCUAUUGAUGUGAUCAAGUUUACUUUUACUGAUGCUCAAACAAGAGUUGGGUUGGCUGCAUUUGUUGUUGAAUUAUUGCCUGCUUUAGUCAAUUCUGGAGCUCUUAAUCUAAGACAGAUUCUUGAAACAGUUCCAAGACUUCAAGAGGAACUGAUUAAAAUGUACAAUGGAAAACAUAACUCCAGUGAUCCUGUUGAUAGUGGAAAUACAAAUCAUGGGUUUGAAGAUAGCGUUGGUAGUAUAAUUGAUAGUGAAAAUCAAGCCGAAGGUGGUAUUAACAAUCCUGUUAUCCCAGAAAAGAAUUCAACGUCAACUCUUGUGGACGUUCCAGCAAAAUCUCCUAGUUCAGAUGCUGCACCAAAAGUGAUAAUUCCAAGUGAAAAGAAUAGUUCUGGUAAUUAUAAUGGUGGGAAUGAAUCUAAAUCACUGUUGAAUGAUAAUAAAGAAAAGACAAUAAGUCAACCUGAAGCUUUGGAUGAGAACAAGAAUGACCAGUUGAUUGGUAAACAAAAGAAUUGGGAUGAUAAGACUUUGGAAGAGAAAGUUGAGGAAUAUAAAAAACUAAAGGAGAAGUAUGACGAAGCAAGAAGAAAAUUAGUGACCAAUGAGAAUCUGGAUUUGAUACGAGAUCAUACUUAUUUUAAUAAUCCUGAAAAAUUGAAGAACGUCAAACCAUUAUUUCCCAAGACUGGAGUGAAGUAUUCUAACAAUACUAGUAAUAGCACCAUUGGUGAUCAUGUUGCUCCUUAUCCAAAAGUAAGAAUAUUCUAUGAUGGUACUUUUAUACCUAAUUAUCCCGUAGAUUUUAAACCUCCAAUUGCCGGUGGUCCUCCAACCAAUUUUGAUCCUAAUUCCAAUCCAAUUAAACCCAAUGCCACUGAACCUACUGUUGGUGUUGCAACAUGA